AAUUCAAACGCUAGGACCUAAAAUGGAGAGUUAUGCAUUUGUUAUUGUGGGAGGUGGAAUAGCUGGAGUAUCCUGUGCAGAAGGAUUAGCAUUUUUGUGCCCGGAUAAGCAAAUUCUCCUACUUACAGCCUCACCUCUUGUUAAGGCUGUUACUGAUAUUGUUCACUUAAGUAAGACACUCUUUGACUUUGAUGUUAAAGAACUCCGAGCUCAACAGUUUGCUGAUUUACAUCCCACCAUAUCUGUGAUAGAAGAUACAGUGACAUCCAUAAACACUGAAGGGCAUACAGUUUCCACGACUGGUGGAAAGUGCAUAAAGUAUGACAAGAUAUGUAUUUGUACUGGUGGGAGACCUAAGUUAAUAGCAGAAGGAAAUCCAUUUGUUCUUGGCUUACGUGAUACUGAAUCUGUGAAAGAAUUUCAAUCUAGAAUCCAGGAUGCUCGUAGGAUUGUUGUUGUAGGAAAUGGGGGCAUUGCCACAGAGCUUGUGCAUGAGGUUGAAGGAGUAGAGAUAAUUUGGGCUAUAAAGGAUAAGCAUAUAUCAGCCACAUUUGUAGAUCCAGGAGCAGCAGAAUUCUUUCAAGCACAAUUGUUAAAGAGAGGUGACAAAAUGACAAGUCAGACAUCAUCUCCUGUAAAAAGACUGAAAUACACUGUUGAUGGAUCAUCUGACGUGAAGGAUGCACCUACAGGAGCAGCCUUGGGUCCAGAUUGGCAUGCCACUUUCAACAUUCAUGGGAUUCAUGCCGACAUGAGAAAGGUCACAGUGGAAUAUGAAACUGAAGUAAAGGAAAUUAGACCCAGAGCAGAUUCCAGGGAUUCAGGUGGUGAAUCAUGGGCCAUAAAUGUUCAUCUGACCAAUGGCAAAAUAUAUGGCUGUGAUUUUAUAGUGUCAGCAACUGGUGUAGUACCAAACAGCUCUGUAUUUUCAGAAAGUGGCAAACUAAUUCUUGCAGAUGAUGGAGGGAUAAAGGUGAACUGGAAGAUGGAAACAUCUGUACCUGACAUCUUUGCAGCAGGAGAUGUAUGUACUGCAUCAUGGGAACACGCUGCACAUUGGUUUCAGAUGAGGUUGUGGACUCAGGCUCGGCAAAUGGGAAUGUAUGCAGCUAAGAGUAUGGCAGCAUCAUUAGCUGGUGAAGAAGUCCUGCAAGAUUUCUGUUUUGAGUUGUUUUCACAUGUGACACGGUUUUUUGGUUUUAAAGUUGUAUUGUUGGGCAUAUAUAAUGGUCAGACCCUUGAUGGGCAGUAUGAAGUUCUCCUCAGAGUCACUAAGGGUACAGAGUACAUCAAGUUAGUAAUGAAAGAUGGAAAAAUGCAGGGAGCAGUUCUCAUAGGAGAAACAGAUUUAGAGGAAAUGUGUGAAAAUCUGAUCUUAAAUCAACUUGAUCUCAGUAUCUAUGGUGAAGACCUGUUAAACCCAGAUAUUGAUAUUGAGGAUUACUUUGACUGAACAGUGGUUAUAAUUUA